AUGUCCGAGCUCCUAGGCCAAAAGAAGAAGAAGAAGAGCAGAAAGGGCAGCGGCGACAACGCACUGGAGUCUCUCCCCGCACUCGGCGGCCUCGACUCCCUACCGACAAAGGACGUUACCAACACUGCACAAAAUGCCGUCAGCGGAGUAACGGGCGCGGGAGGAGGUGUCGCGGGAGGAGGCGGCGGCAAGAGCGAGUCGCUCAAGCUAAGGCUGGACCUGAACCUCGAGAUCGAAAUUCAGCUGAAAGCCAGAAUCCAUGGUGACUUGGAACUAUCAUUGCUGAACUGA